UACGGCAACAGUGAUUCAAAAUGGAGUAACGAGCCAAAACAUUAAGGUAGCUUGCUAAUUAAUUAGGGGCAUUAUCUUCUUAUCUCUAAAGUUAAAUUCAACGUAUUACUAGCUGAGGUAAUAAUUGUAUCAGUAUGGCUGAUAAGAAGAAACCCGAUUCGUUCCAUUACUUCAUGAGUUACGAUGAUUUGAGUGACAGUAGCGAUAGUAACAGCAGCGAUUCCGAUGAAGCGGGCCAGAAGAAAUCAAGAGGAAAGGGGGGGAACGAUGCUACUGGAAGCUGUAGCAAAUCUCCCCAACACGGGACCAAGCGGGCUGCCAGUGGAGCUCCUCUACCAAAACCCGACGAGCUCUUCAAGUCGGUCUCUAAGCCGUCCUUUCUGUACAACCCGCUGAAUAAACAGAUCGAUUGGGAGAGCCGCGCCGUGAAAGCUCCAGAAGAGCCUGCAAAGGAGUUCAAGGUAUGGAAGACGAACGCGGUGCCCCCUCCGCAGACCUAUGAGGCGGAGAAGCCCAAGAAGGGAGCUCCCCCAGGGAUGGACAUGGCCAUAAAGUGGUCUAACAUCUACGAGGAUAAUGGAGAAGACGCUCCACAGCCUCACACUGGCAACGCUGUCUUCCUGCCCACAGAGGAACAGACAUCAGAUUCAGACGAGGACGGAGACAAGGGGUCGGUGAAGAAGCGGAGGGUGGAGAGCUUCCAGCAGAAGGAGAAGAGGAAGAGGGAUCUGGGCCAGGCCACCUCUGACAAGAGCUUUGUAGAGGAAGAGAAGAGGAUCCUCAGGCAGAACGCGGACUGAGGCCUAGAUCUGGUUUGGGUCCAAGUCUGGGUGCGCUAAGCCUCCGUGACUGUCCUACAGCUUUGCUCCAGACAUCCAACACUUUCUCCUCUGUGUCCAGCCCCUGGUUAUGUGAAUGGUCCAGUACUCGUCUACCUAGGACACAUGAUAUAGAUGUUAUUGUUAUGAAAACAUUUGGACUGUUCUUUUUAAUCCCUUGUUAUAUCUUUGAGGAGCAUAUUAUCCAGACACUAGUGGAAAACACACAUAUUCCUGAAUUUGUGUGUCUGUAGGUAUUGAUCAAUGUUUGGUUGUAAAUAGACAACCACCUGAUCUACAUAAUAAUAUAGGCUGGAUUUGGAUGAAUGUCUCUGAACUGCUUUGGGGAAAUCGAAAUGUUCAUAUGUUUGGAUCAUGAGCAGAUGUAUUUUUUUAUAUGGCAACUUUUAUUUUGGAAUAGCAAGAAAUGUAUGGUAAAUACAUUUAGAUUAUUAGUGUCUCUACAUUUCUCUGUCAGCGAGAUGUUAGGUCAAGAAAGACUGCAUUUGCUAGAGUAAAACUUUUCGUCUACAUAUAAUUUCCGCUAGAUGGCAGCCUUGGGCCACAUUUGGUACACAACCUUUUCGCUGGUGGGGAGUAGUACCUUAAACGUUACCAUGUCUUUUAAUGCAUCUAUACAAUAUGGAUCCAGUUAAACACUGACAGUUUUGCCUGUUUUGUAGUAAAUUCCGUUGUCUUACACAACUGAUGCAAUAAAUGGAAUGUGAAUAUAA